AUGGAUACGAGACUUAUAAGAUCCAUUCCAGUAUUUAGAAGUGGUUACAGCAGUCUAACAAGAAAUUAUAAGCCUCUGAUGUUCAGUGCUAUUACUAGAUCUAACGCUAGCAAAUUUCUACCGUUUGCAAUUGGUGGUGCAGCUAUCGCAUGCUCUGCUUACUAUUCCACUAGAAUUGCAGCUCCAUUGAAAAACGAAUCUUCCAAGGUUUUUGUUGGUGAUGACAAAUGGAUAGAUUUGCCAUUGUCUCACGUUGAACAGUUAUCCCACGAUACUAAGAGAUAUACAUUUGACUUGCCCGGUGAGGACUCUGAGCUGGGGCUAACUCUGUGCUCUGCCUUGAUGGCCAAGUUUGUGACUCCAAAGGGUAGCAAUGUUGUCAGACCAUACACCCCCGUGAGUGAUUUGGCCAGAAAGGGCUCUUUCCAAUUGGUCAUUAAACAUUAUCCAGACGGUAAGAUGUCUUCUCAUUUCUGGAACUUGAAACCUUCCGAUACCGUGUUGUUCAAGGGUCCAAACCCUAAAUGGCAAUGGGAAGAAAACUCCUUUGAUUCUAUUACCUUAUUGGGUGCUGGUACUGGUAUCAACCCAUUGUACCAAUUGGUUCACCACUUGUCCGAAAACCCUAACGAAAAGACUAAGAUCAACUUGUUCUACGGUAACAAGACUCCACAGGAUAUCUUGUUGAAGACGGAAUUGGAUGAUUUGCAAAAGAAGCACCCUGACAAGUUGAAGAUUACCUACUUCGUUGAUAAGGCUGAUGAUGGUUUCCAAGGUGAGAAGGGAUUUAUCACUAAGGAGUUCUUGGAGCAACACGCUCCAAAGCCAUCUGAAAAAACCCACGUCUUUGUUUGUGGUCCACCACCAUUCAUGAAGGCUUACUCUGGUGAAAAAGUCUCUCCAAAGGACCAAGGUGAUUUGGUCGGUAUCUUGAAGGAUCUUGGUUUCUCCAAGGACCAAGUCUUCAAAUUCUAG